AUUGUCUUCUUACCGCUCUCUUUCUUUUUAUACAUAAACCUCUUUCCUUUGUAAUUGUAAUUGUAAUUGUAAUAAUAAUAAUAAUACAGUACCAAAAUCAAGUGCCUCACAAAUGGGUUCAUCUUUAUCUUUCCUCUUAAUGCCACGUGUAUCCACCACCACCUCGCCGCCGGCGAAUUCCGGUCUCGGAGACUUGCCGGAGAGUUGUGUAGCCUCAGUUAUGGUGUAUUUAGACCCACAAGAGAUCUGUAAAAUCUCAAUGCUAAAUCGUGCUUUUAGGGACGCUUCUUCUGCUGAUUUUGUAUGGGAAUCUAAAUUGCCUUUGAAUUAUGGCUCUCUUAUUGAUAGAGUCUUUGUUGAUGAUGAUGAAAAUUUUCCUACCAAUUUGUGUAAAAGGGAUGUUUAUGCUAGGCUUUGUCGACCCAAUUAUUUUGAUGGUGGCACAAAGAAGGUUUGGUUAGAUAAGGGAACAGGACGAGUUUGUCUAUCCAUAUCUGCAAAUGGAUUGGCGAUAACGGGCAUUGAUGAUCGGAGAUAUUGGAGUCGUAUUGAAACAGAUGAAUCUAGAUUUCAGUCCGUUGCAUAUCUCCAACAGAUUUGGUGGUUUGAAGUCGACGGAGAGGUUGAUUUCCCAUUCCCAGUAGGGUCCUAUAGCAUUUUCUAUAGGCUGCAAGUUGGACGUGCCUCACGGAGAUUUGGAAAGCGAAUUUGCAACUCGGAGCAUGUCCACGGAUGGGAUAAAAAACCAGUACAGUUCCAGCUUUCGACGUCAGACAAGCAGCAAGCCACAACCCAGUGUUACUUGAAAGAAGCUGGAAAAUGGAAAUACCACCAUGUAGGAGACUUUGUUGUCACAGGAUCUACAGAAACCAUGAAAGUUAAGUUCUCCAUGACACAAAUCGACUGCACACACACCAAAGGUGGACUUUGUGUAGAUUCUGUGCUAAUAUGUCCGAGCGAGUUUACAGAGAGGUUAAAGCGUUUUUAAUGUGCUGCUAACCUUCUCUUUAGGAAAGAGUUUGUAAAAGAGUUAGAGGUAGCAGUAUCCAUAGUUCUGGAUAAGUUACUCUAAGCAGCGACGGUCAUCUAUGUUAGAUCGAGGAAAUGUGUGUAUACGUGUAUGGCGGGGUCUUUUAAUCCCAACUACUCGUUUUUAGGUAUGCGUACGUAGUUCUUAGCCUAUGUUAAAUCGGACUGCUUUUUCACGUGCACUUUGAUCCUAGCAAGUGAAUGGAAUCAAGAUUCUUUUAGGAGCGCAUA